UCAAAUAAAUCACUAGCCUAGGUUUAUGAACAAUCAGAAGUAAUGGGGAAUUGCUUCCCCGUCUAGUGACAGAUGAACUCCUCUCCUCCUGCAUUCCUGUCUGACACAGGCUUGGAUAUCACUUGGGUGCUUGUUGCAGGGGAGUAGGACCCAGCCAUAAGCCUGGAUCACGGGCCUCUAGUUAUUCAUGUUGCCUUCUAAUGUUUCACGUGGGGAGAAAGAUGACUUGCACAGGAUGGGAAAAACAGCACCACGAGGCAAUUCUUACAAAGAUUCUCUCCGUGGUUUCAUUGCCACUGAUGAGAAUGAAGAUUAGUUUUCACUGAGGUGAUCAUGAAUAUAGCAAAAGAACCAAGGAUAAGUAGGUAUUCUCUGAUUAGUACUUCACAAAGAUUUUCAAUAUGGAAGUCAGUAUUGCCAGUAUCUUUCUGAUAUUAAGAGAUUUCUUCCUGUCUUACACAAUUCUCUGUUCUUCUCAAAACUUUCAGAGAAAAUCAAGCUAUAUACUAUCAUUUUGGCAAAAUUAUUCCUUGUUCUUUUCACCACUGAAGGAAAAAGUGCAUCUAAAAAGGUCAGUGAUUAUGUACGUGUACUAUAUAUAAUGUUUUUACUUGUAUGGUUUCAGAGCAGCUCUGUGGGGAGGAGAGGUAGGUGCUACGCACAGUCUGUGCUGUUUGCCCUGCUGUUGUGCUCCCAGGCCCCUUGGGGGCUGCCUGCUCUGUACUGAGGCAGCUGUGGGGGAAAGACUGCUGCCAGGAGGAUUCAUGGCAAAUGCUGCUCCAGGAGGAUGAGGGUAGCUGCACUGCUGAGCCUCUGAGCUCAGGCCAUCAGUCAGCCAAAAUGCCACGCCACCACCACAUGCCCUGCAGCGAGACACCCUGCUGUACAAUGUUAUCAGGACCCUGGGGAUCCUGCAGGCAGGUGUGCUUCCGGCAAAGUUGCAUUUUCCUGAUGACAACAUAAAUGCUUGCAGGCUUGGUUGGCUGGGCCUGAGCAGGGGCUCGUUCUUACUGACCAUGCUGACUGACAUUGCCAUGUGUGUUAUCACCACCCUGACUGCCUGCUGGAAUCUUACAGCAAGCUCAGGGCAACUUCAGAAACACCCAGUGCGCAGCUAACUGCUAAUAAGGGAGGUAAAGUGGGACGGAGGGGCCCGGGAGCUUCCUCUCUGCGCAGUGAGCCAAGGCCUGGCAGCUGAGGAGUGGGGCUUGGCCGUGCCCGGGCUCGGAGCCAGUGCUGGGCCAGACACACGCAGCCUGCAGCAGCAGUGAGAUUGGGGCAGUUCUCAGGGCCCACCCAGCCUCACUUCUCCAGCAGUCAGUGCUGGAACGACAGCUUGACAACUGUCCACUGUAGCUGGGCUCCUGUGGGCUGCAGCGGCGCUGGCAGCCCCCUCCUGCUCACACUCCUGACAGCUUUUGCAGUGCUGAGAUCAGCCGACAUUGAACCAGCUCGCCUGUGAAAAUCCCAUCUGAACCGGGCAAGUUUGCAGUGAAACCCAAACCAAUACUGAGCUGCAGUUCCCCUUUCUUCUCCGGUCACAGAGAGGUGCCUGUAUCUGCCAGUCCCCACCCCAGAGAUGGCAGUCCCCAGGGUGGCAGUGGUGGGAGCGGGGCUCAUCGGCCUGUCCACAGCAUUGCAUAUGUCUGAGGUGAUCCCCAGCUGCUGCUCCAUCACCCUCCUUUCAGAGCAAUUCAGCCCCAACACAACGAGUGACGUGGCAGCUGGCAUGCUCAUCCCUCACACCUACCCAGGCACACCAAUCCACGUGCAGAAGCAGUGGUUCAAAGAGACCUUCAUUUACCUUUUUGACAUCAGCAACUCAGCUGAGGCAUCAGAGGCUGGCAUUCACCUGGUCUCUGGCUGGCAGAUCUUUAAAAACCCACAGGAAGCCGAGGUGCCUUUCUGGUCUGACAUUGUCCUGGGGUUCCGACCGAUGUCUGCAGCAGAACUGCAGAAGUUCCCACAGCACAGCCAUGGCCAGGCCUUUACAACGCUGAAGUGUGACUGCCCCCCUUACCUGCUGUGGCUGGAGAAAAGGUUGAAAGCAAAUGGUGUCCAGAUACACACCAGAAAAGUUGCAGAUUUAUGGGAGCUGCACAGCGAGUAUGACAUUGUUGUCAACUGCGCGGGCAUCGGAGCCCGCCAGCUUGUGGGGGACCAGCAGCUGUUCCCCAUCAGGGGACAAGUGCUCAAGGUUCAUGCUCCUUGGGUGAAAAACUUCAUCCGGGAUGGGGACGGCUUAACCUACAUCUACCCAGGGAUACACAGUGUAACUCUUGGGGGAACCAGGGAAAAGGAGAGCUGGCAUCUCUCCCCUGACCCUAGCACUACCAAAGACAUCUUUGACAGAUGUUGCUCUCUUGAGCCCUCACUGCAGCAAGCUCAGGAUAUCAAGGUGAAAGUGGGCCUGAGGCCAUCCAGAUCAUGUGUGAGACUGCAGAGAGAGGUUCUGAGUCAGGGAGGAGCAAAGCUGCUGGUGGUUCACAACUAUGGGCAUGGGGGAGGUGGCUUUUCAGUGCACAGAGGCACAGCCAAGGAGGCCGCUCACCUGGUGAGAGAGUGCAUUGCUGCUCUGCAGGGUUCCUCAUCCACGGCCAAGCUUUGAAUCCCUGAACCUCCUUUUCCAUUUAUGACAGGCUAAUGCAGCAUCUCCUUGUAGAACCUUUGGACUUCUAUUUCAUUGCUGGAGAGAAGGAAGCUAAAACAACUUGUGCCAUUGCAGGCACUUGGUGGUAUCUCACCCGGCUUCCAGCAGCCACCUUGGAAAGCUGUGAUGGGUCCAUCCAGGCGUUAGUCCAGCUCUCCAUCUCCUCCAUCUGGUAUCAUUACUGCCCUGAUGAUUUCUUCUAGCUUUGUGCUUGGGAGGCUACAAGAUACAUAAAUAUCCUUCACAUAGCAAAAAUCACUGCUUCAGUAUAGUACAAAUAACAUAAAUCAAGCAUUUAGUCAUCUGCAUCUAAAAAGCAUACUGGAUGCACUAGAUUCAGUAAAAACUAGUUCUCUGCUGUUGUGCCAGAUCUAAUCUUGUAUUGUCCUUACUCUGCCACCUUGCUAACAAACUUUGCCAUUGCCUUUAUGAGUUACAGUAAAAGUAAAACUCUGCCCAGGGGUGUGGACAGUGCUCCGGGUCUACUCUUGCAGAAAGCAGCGGCAGGGACAGGAACCCUGUCACAUGCAGGGACCAGACAAGUAUGAUUUCAGGAGCAGGUUACAUAUUUCACCUUGCGUGACUUAAUACAAAAUUUCUGUGAGAGGAAGUUGCCCUGUAUGGACUACAAGUUUGUGCAUCACCUUUCGUGCUUUAUUACAAAUAUCUUCUAUUCCGAGUCCCUCCGAUUUUGCUCUCAGACAUAAGCUGAUUUUUCCCAAAUAGCAGCAUUGACAUGGCCCAUCUGCCUGUAUGCUAUGAAAAAGAAUUUAUCAGGGUGGGCUUAGGAGUGCAAAAAUUUCUACUUCUCUUCAGCACUUGCAGCUUUCCUUGCAAAAGUGUAUAUAAAUAAACAAGUGACAAACCAACAAAGAUCUUAGCACCAACUUCAGUUGUGUAAGGGAGAAACAAGCCAUGUAAAUCUAGAUAAACACUGUAAAGAGAAAUUUGAGCUUGCUGUCAAAGUACAAGAUGAAUGUCUGACUGUUAGUGAUUAAACUGCUCAUUAGACUGGAAAUGGCUUAAGUGUUAGCAUCCACUUUUGACUUGUUCUUUGUCCUUAAGUUUACAAACCAAACCAAAAUCCUUCAAGAAAUAACAUGAUUACAUUUGAUAAAUACAAUUCUAACAGAAGGGCAAAGGUCACCCAUGUGGUGUUUUCUUUCAUAAACGAGGGAUUUUCUCUCAUUCAGAGAGGCCUGGCAGAGCCAAGAAGGGCCCUUGUGUAACAUCACAUUCAGAAGCAUUUGCCAACUCCUGCUACUGGCACGAGGAAAGAGGACAGUUAUCCUUCACAAGGGACAGCUGUUGAAAAGGCAAUCAUCUAAAUUAAACUUCAGGUCAGUUAGUGCUUGGGACCAACGUAAGCCAGCCCUGCCUUCAGCCAACUUGCCUUCUUCUUCUCAGCUCUGGCUGCUAAUUUUGUGCCUCCCCCUCAAUUAUUUGUCUUUUUGAAAGGGCAGAGCUGCUGCUUUUGGCAGCAGUGUUGGUAUUGUGCUUGUCAAAGCACAGCUUUGUCCUCAGAUAACACAGAACAAAAAAAUGCAUGGCUUAAACCCAUGAGAAUGGGUUAUUUUUUUCCUAGUCUUGAUUUUAAUCUUAAAAAAAACCCCAAGUUUAGCUUAAGCUUUAGCUACAAAAACUAAUAAUACCCAUAGCAUUAGUUCAUACAUGACAUCCUGCACUUAUGUAAUUCCCAACAUUGUGUGAUGACAUGGGUUUUGUAAAGGGAAUUCUUUUGCCCGCUUCGCAUGCCAUUGCACUGCUGGGCUCGUGAGGUGGUUUUGCAGCUCCUUGCACUUUACUACCUUGGAGAAGACGGUCCCAUCAGCAGUCUGAGCCACUCCACCACUUAUCAGUACAUGGAUUAGCACUGGCCCUGCUUUCCCUGUAGGAUGCCAUUGGUGACUUCCCUCCUGUGUGAAAAUGGGUGAGUAAUGCUUUCAUCGCCUCUCUGUCCUGUGACCAGGAGCUAACUCACGAGAGGAUCUUCCCUCCUACCCCAUGCUAGAUCAGCCUCUACCAAGUCUUUGGUGACAGUUUAUGAAGACUUCCCAGAACAUGAGCAGAUUGUAUUGACUAGGAUUAUUCCUGUCUGCAGCCUCAUUGUUCUGUCUGAAGCUGUAAGGCGAGGGUGAAGCUUUGUUGCUCCUCACUGCAAGGCUCUGCUGAUUCUUCCCUUAGGCCACAUACACCUCAGAACUAUUCUAUUACUAUGGUUUUAACCACUUGCUUGCUAGGAGUGUCAGACUUACUGCAUUUCUCGAGGUCCCUCGGAGCACUUAAAGGCAACCAGUGUCACAUGCCAUUGUUUUUUUUUUUUUGGCUGUUUUAAGUAAAAGGUUAUGCACUGUCCCUUAACAGCACGGCUACGUCACAUUAGUGUUCCCCCCGAGCGACUAACAUCUGCUUCUCAUGAAUUUGUUACUAUCUGUUUCAUCUGUUUCUUCUAAAACCUAAUCUAAUGGCUCUUCAAUCUAAGGCAGAUUCUCUGCAUUAUCCCCUUAACAAAUGGUUCUGUGGUGGGAAUUUCACUAAGCUCUUGUGUGCUGAGUGCAGAUACAGUAAUCUAUUUAGCUGUUCUCUCAGGGCUUGUGUUCCCCCAGACCCCUUUGAUACCCUGACCACUUGCUGUCUGUGUACCUGGUCACCAGCAGCCCCUCCGGCAGGGCCCCUGCCACUGAUGGGUGAGAGAAAGAUUUUGGUCCAUUAGCAAACUAUUUUUUCAAAAUAUUUUUUAGUCUCCCUAUCUGUUUCUGUUUUUAAUGUGACAGAGUUCAUGUGCUUUUCCAUUUCCUCAUCUGAACAUGAUUUAUUUUGGUUCCUUCCCACUUAAUUUUUAUCAGGGUAUUACAAUGAGCCAGUAGUUGUAUUUCUUCUGGAAAGUCUCUGAUGUUUCUGUUGGGUCAAUAUUCUUAUAAAAACCAAGCAUUUUAGUCUCACAUCCUAUUUUUAGACUGAAAGCAAACAGAAGCAUGCAUGCAUCCAUCCUGACUGCUUCAAUUUCUAUGCCCUGUUAAAAGGGGCUUUAUUUGCCUGAGUUGCACCUUGCCAUUUCCUGCUUAAUUGUUAUUAUAAAGAUAUUAAAAUGGCACCUGUAAGGUGCCAUCAACCCCUGCUCCUCUCUGCCUAGUUACUUUCUCCCAGUCUGUAGUUUGAAAUUCUCUUUAAGUCUUACUCUUUCACACAGAGGCUUUCUGCCCUGCUAAGGUCUUGUCACAUAAAAGGCUGACCAUCUGAAGUUCGUUGAGAUGAGUUCUUCCUUGCUUGCUCAGUCCUUGGGGUCAGUCUGUGGUAAUAUCUCAUCAGUCACCCCUGAGUGUCUGCUCCUCAGCCAAGGACCCUGCCAGAAGCAGAAGCAAAGAUGAGGCCAGUGUGAAUCCUUCAGCUCCAGCUGAAGAUGAGUUGUCAUCCCAGCAAUAUGCAAAACUCCAUUUUGAUUCUGUCUGUGCUGUUGAAUCAGCUCUCUUGUCUUCAUCUGGAAAUGCCAUGUCAAGGGAACAGCCACACAUGGGAAUGCAUUGAUAAUGGAAGGUCAUUAAGCCUCCUUGACUUUGCAUGGUGAUGAAGAGUCAUGAAAGAAUGUCAGUUAGCUGUCACCUGUGGAAAAGUACAAACUUCUUUCCUUCCUCCCAUCAGCCUCAGGGCUCACUCAAUGCAUGGUACAAUGUCUCCUGCCUUUUCCUCAUAACAUCCCCACCUCCUAGGGAAGGAUCCUUCCCUCAUCCAUCUGAAAUUCCUGGGAGUGAUAAUUAGGUUUCAGCCUGGCUCCGGGAGCCAUCCUUGUGCUGCUCCCAAGCCCCUGAUUGUCCACACAUAAGCUAAAUGGACCGUACUGGAGUAUUGCCUUCCUACCCACACUUUCUAAUUGACAUUGAAUAGCACUUCUGGCAGAUGGCAACCAAUCUGUCAUGCUCAUGAUGAACAUCAAAGAUGCAAUUAUGGCAUAGGAAAGGAAUAAUUAUAUUUUCAGACAUUUUUAUCAAUCCUUACGAUGGCAGACAGCAGAUGGGCUGUGUGAUGGAUUUCAGAAAUUGAGCACAAAAUAAUAGUUUUCUGCAAGAGGGAGUUUUGUUGGUUUUCUUUGCAAAAACAAAGCCAUAAAGACGUAGUGUCUUGAUAAAGGCUUUUGCCUACAUUUAAAACAAAUUUGCAAGAUUUCUGAAAAAUACAGGAAAAUUCGUGUUCACCAUUCUUUGUAACUCUUUUUAAGUCGAAUACAGCUUGAAAUAACCUUUGUUGUGAUACAUUCAAAUUUAUUUGGACUAAAUGUAGUAAUUAAAAGGAAAAUCAUGGCCUAGACCGAGAUUUAUAUUGUUUUUACAGCCACUGUAAAUAACAGCAUAUGCUGUACACUGGUUUAUUCCAUCCUGCUCUAUUCCCUGUUUUCCACCAGAGGGUGAUGUUGGAUCGAGCAGUUCGUGAGACAAAAUCACAAGCUCCACAGCAAAGGCUGAAUUAAGUGGUGCUGAACUCAGAUAGUGGAAGUGUGGGUGCCUGUGGAGAUCCCACAUACCUGUAAGGCACUGGUGGCUUGGAGAACUUGUGUGCUGCAGAGCAUAAGAAUAAUCAUGUUCUGAAUCUUAUGGGAAAGCUUAAAAAAAAGAGCAUUGAAGAAACAGAAAUGUGAAGGGAGCAGCACACCAGAAGCUGUUGUUAAUAAAAAUAAUAGAUUAUAAUUCUAAACCAAGCCACUGCUAUUACAUGACCUCUCAGAGAUUUUAUCCCACAGAAGACUGCAGGCGAAACCACUGCUUUGGGCAGCGAGGUGUCUUCAUGUGGCAGGGACAAAACAACCCCUGGCUCCAUCCCUAUGGGGCUGCAGCUUGGCCAGCUCCCAACAGGCAUUUUAUCUCACAUGUGACAUUUGGGUGCUUAGGUACCACUAACUGUCAUUGUUUUAUGGGUGAUCAGAAAUAGUCUGUUUUGCUUCUGAGAAUUUCCCCCUCAAAUGCCUGUUUUCCUCAAAAAAGAAGCCAAAGUUAAUGUUUUUUUUUUUGUUUUUUUGUUUUUUUUUUUUGAGAAAGAAAGGUGAGGAUGAGUUAAAAUUCAGCUGUAUGAAGAGGGAGUGGUUGAAGUAAAAAGAUAGUGGGAAGAAACUUUCUGAAAAUGAGCUUCACGGAAAUGGCAUUGUGCAUCGCAUGCUGUCUUCU